AUGCCCAUACCGAGUUUUGUCCCAGAAGACAACAUUUCCCCGAUUGCUGAUCAUUCACCGUCACAACCAUUAACAUAUGUUGCCUCACGACAUACUUCAAUUUCAGCUAACCCACCACCUUCAACACAUGUUGCUAUUAGUAAUAAGACUCAAGGGUCACGAUGCUCCAAUUCUAGUCAUGGGGUUGCGCUUGAUGGGAGAACAAUGAUAUGGCCGGAUGCUCGAGGGUGGUUGCCGUGUAGGGUGGCCUCGAGAGCCCUCACCUCAGUCAUUACAUCACAAUAUGUUGAUCCAUAUCCUAGCUGGAGAGCAAUCUCAAAAUUAACUUUGGAACGUUGGUUCGACAAAUUUGGUGAAAAAGUUGCUUGGUUGCCUGAGCACAAUUUUCAAAUUAAGAAUAUCUUCAAUACAAAAGGAUCAAUGCGUCUUUCUGAUAUGUUGAUGCAAGCGAGAAAGAAGCGCAAGUGUCCAACUUGGAUGGGAGAAAGUGUUUGGAAUGAUCUUGAGAAGAUAUGGAUGGAUCCGUCGUAUAAGGAGAUAUCAAAUCGAGCUAAGAAAAAUCGUGCUUCUUCUAAAGGAGGAGUUGUCCAUACAGGUGGAUCUAUAUCCAUUGCUGAACAUACCAUUCGGAUGGCUGAAGAGUUAGGUAGAGACCCCACAUUGGAUGAGGUCUUUUUAAAAACUCACACUAAGAAGAAGGACAACUCUUGGGUUGAUGAAAGAGCAAAAAAAACAUAUGAAACAUUUCAAGGUAAGUUGCAACAAGCCUCUAAAGGUGGGGAAGCAUCUAGUAGUUGUAGCCAAGUGGUUAAUGCGGAAGCUCGCUUAGACAUGUGGGUCCAAUCUGUUGGGGGGAAGAAUAAAGGGAGGAUCUAUGGUGCUGGAGAUAGAUCCUCGCUUUAUAGACCAGGUGUCGCAAGUCUAGUUCCAGAUUCUCGUCCAUCUAGAGGUUGCGCCAAUUUCUUGUCUCAACAAUCUAACGAGAUAGCUGCACAGAUAGCAGCAUUUGAGGAGCGAGCAAAAGCAGCAAAACACGAGGCACGAGAGGAGCUAAGGAAAGUUGAGCAACGUCAACAAGAGGAAGUUCAACAAACAGAGCAACGCACUACAAAACUACAGAUGCAGCUAGCAACAUUGGCAAAAAGUGUUGCUUCCAUAUAG